AAAAAUUAAUGUUUCUCUAAUUCUUCCCCGGCCCCAAUCCACGUGAAACAUGUUAUGUUGCGAGCAUUACACUGGAAACUGUUACAUUACAUUCUAAUUGGCGAAAAAUGAAGUGCAUUUGUAUUGUAUCUCACGAAGAUUUGCGUUUGUGACAAAAAAAAAUAUGCAAUUUUUUUCGAAAUCUGACAACCCAUGCCGACCUGUCCGCCGAGUUAACGACGUGCUUAUAGGAUCCUUAAGUAUUUUUAUUCUUAUUUCUUACUCAUUCCAACGGACCAAAAACGACCACGUCAUCUUCAUACGCAACUCCCAAAACAGACGAUAAUUAAAUCAUUGAAAUCUAAACUCUCAUAUACUUUAGCAUUUUCAACAUUUCUAUUAAUAUUUCCAUAGACUAGAUCUCUCUUUCUUAUACAUCCAUAUCACCGAUGAUGCCUCGCCGUGACGUCCUCUUCCUCUCACUCCUCCUCGUCAUCGCCACCGUCUCCGCUGUCGCAUUAGCCGACGAUGAAGCAGAUUGUGUCUACACAUUCUUCCUUAGAACCGGAUCAACCUUCAAAGCCGGUACAGAUUCGAUCAUAAGCGCUAGAGUCUACGACAAAUACGGAGACUACAUCGGGAUCCGAAACCUAGAAGCAUGGGGUGGUUUAAUGGGACCAGGUUACAACUACUACGAGAGGGGUAAUCUCGACAUUUUCAGUGGGAAAGCACCAUGUCUUCCGAGCCCAGUCUGUUCAUUAAAUCUGACCUCUGACGGCUCCGGUGACCACCACGGUUGGUAUGUUAACUACGUGGAAGUCACGACAGCCGGAGUUCAUGCAAAGUGCUCGUACCAAAGCUUUGAUGUUGAGCAAUGGCUUGCGUCCGAUACAUCGCCGUAUGAGCUCAGUGCUGUUCGGAAUAACUGUCCAGUUUCGCUUAGGGAAAGUGUCGGUCGGGUCGGGUCUGAGAUCCGGAAGACUCUCUCUUGGAUCGUGUGAGAGUAGUGAAUGAAAUGUCAAAUGUGUAUGUGUGUGUGUAACUUGGAGAGUUGUUCUUUGUUGUCUUGUGAACGUGUGAUGGCAAUAAUGAAAAUGAUUCGAUCGAAUAAAAGUUCCGUUCUUUGUUGUUUGUGAGAUUUUUAUCAAACAUUAUUAAGUUUUUCGUGUGAUGAAAUUAAAAGAUAAUUACUGAUCAUAUUAAAAAGAAAAAAAG